ACAAACCUGCUUGCAACCUCGACUCACAUCCAUAUCAACAUCAUGGCUGACAGGGACGUCACACCAACCGCGCCGCCUUCGGGUGCCGCAAAGUACCGCGGCGCUGUCGUGGAGGACUUGCAAUUGCCCCCAGCGUUCUGCCUUCCUCAUGACGCUCCGCUCUCCAUCGCGCUGGAGAAGGCGUAUGAGCGUGAAUUCGACCAGCUCCCGGUUCUGGACGACAAUCGCAAACCGCUUGGAUACCUCGACGUUCCUUUCCUCAAGCGCCAGUUUGAGGCCGGCAAGGUUGGACAGUCAGACCCUCUUUCAUUGCACACGACCCACUUCCGACGAUCCUCCAAGUCUCACCCAUACACCGUCAUCACUCCGGACACUGGUCUUGAGGAUCUCGAGGAGUUCUUCUCGAAGAACGGCCUCGAGUUCGCUCUUGUCACCGAUAUUGACCGCAAGUGGGUCCUUGCUGUUGCGACGAGGUCCGACCUGGAGACGUUUGUUCAGCGACGAGGUAUCGCCUAAGUGGUGAGGUGUCUGGAUGGAGCCUCUAAAGCCCGCCCCGGCGGCUCUCAUCCUCGUUGCUCGGCCCUCAUCGGGCAGGGCGCUUUCUGGCUAUCGACGAGCCUUGGUCAAUCACUCCUACUGUGACCUCCAUACCAGCCAGGCGUAGAUGCUGUUCUAGCAUGAAUCACAAUAAUCGCAGAGGUC